ACAUGUCAAAGAGACACACACUGAAUUAGCAGGGAGCGUUAUAAAAGCUUUGGAGUGCAAGCUCACAGCUGUCUUAAUAAGAAGAGAAGGCUUCAAUGGAACCUUUUGUGGUCCUGGUGCUCUGUCUCUCUUUUAUUCUUCUCUUUUCCCUCUGGAGACAGAGCUCUGGGAGAAGGAAGCUCCCUCCUGGCCCCACUCCUUUUCCUAUUAUUGGAAAUAUGCUACAGAUAGAUAUUAAGAACAUCUGCAAAUCUUUCAGCAAUGUAAGUAUGCCUUAUGUUCCUCCAGCCAAUUGCAAAGAUUCUCAAAAGUCUAUGGUCCUGUGUUCACCGUGUAUUUUGGCAUGAAUCCCAUAGUGGUGUUGCAUGGAUAUGAGGCAGUGAAGGAAGCCCUGAUUGAUAAUGGAGAGGAGUUUUCUGGAAGAGGCAAUUCCCCAAUAUCUCAAAGAAUUACUAAAGGACUUGGAAUCAUUUCCAGCAAUGGAAAGAGAUGGAAGGAGAUCCGGCGUUUCUCCCUCACAACCUUGCGGAAUUUUGGGAUGGGGAAGAGGAGCAUUGAGGACCGUGUUCAAGAGGAAGCUCACUGCCUUGUGGAGGAGUUGAGAAAAACCAAGGCCUCACCCUGUGAUCCCACUUUCAUCCUGGGCUGUGCUCCCUGCAAUGUGAUCUGCUCCGUUGUUUUCCAGAAACGAUUUGAUUAUAAAGAUCAGAAUUUUCUCACCCUGAUGAAAAGAUUCAAUGAAAACUUCAGGAUUCUGAACUCCCCAUGGAUCCAGGUCUGCAAUAAUUUCCCUCUACUCAUUGAUUGUUUCCCAGGAACUCACAACGAAUUGCUUAAAAAUGUUGGUCUUACAAAAAGUUACAUUAUGGAGAAAGUAAAAGAACACCAAGCAUCACUGGAUGUUAACAAUCCUCGGGACUUUAUCGAUUGCUUCCUGAUCAAAAUGGAGCAGGAAAAGGACAACCAGCAGUCAGAAUUCAAUAUUGAAAACCUGGUUGGCACUGUAGCUGAUCUAUUUGUUGCUGGAACAGAGACAACAAGCACCACUCUGAGAUAUGGACUCCUGCUCUUGCUGAAGCACCCAGAGGUCACAGCUAAAGUCCAGGAAGAGAUUGAUCAUGUAAUUGGCAGACACAGGAGGCCCUGCAUGCAGGAUAGGAGUCAUAUGCCUUACACUGAUGCUGUGGUGCACGAGAUCCAGAGAUACAUUGACCUUGUCCCCACUGGUGUGCCCCAUGCAGUGACCACUGAUAUUAAGUUCAGAAACUACCUCAUCCCCAAGGGCACAACCAUAAUGACACUACUGACUUCCGUGCUACACGAUGACAAAGAAUUUCCUAAUCCAAAGAUCUUUGACCCUGGCCACUUUCUAGAUAAGAACGGCAACUUUAAGAAAAGUGACUACUUCAUGCCUUUCUCAGCAGGAAAACGAAUUUGUGCGGGAGAAGGUCUUGCCCGCAUGGAGCUAUUUUUAUUUCUAACCACAAUUUUACAGAACUUUAACCUGAAAUCUGUUGAUGAUUUAAAGAACCUCAAUACUACUGCAGUUACCAAAGGGAUUGUUUCUCUGCCACCCUCGUACCAGAUCUGCUUCAUUCCUGUCUGAAGAAUGUUAGCCCAUCUGGCUGCUGAUCUGCUAUCACCUGCAACUCUUUUUUAUCAAGGACAUUCCCACUACUAUGUCUUCUCUGACCUCUCAUCAAAUCUUCCCAUUCACUCAAUAUCCCAUGAGCAUCCAACCUACAUUAAGGAGAGUUGUUCAAGUCACUGCACAAAUAUAUCUGCAAUUAUUCAUACUCUGUAACACUUGUAUUAAUUGCCGCAUAUGCUAAUACUUUACUAAUGCUGACUUUUUAAUAUGUUAUCACUGUAAAACACAGAAAAGUGAUUAAUGAAUUAUAAUUUAGAUCCAUUUCUUUUGUGAAUGUGCUAAAUAAAAAGUGUUAUUAAUUGCUGGUUCA